CCAGCCUGCACCGUAGUAGACGGCCCGAGCUUCCAUGGCAAGCCUCGUGUUGAUUGACCCUCGUGUGCAGGUGGCUGCCCCGGACCAGCCACGAUGGGGGAGGAUAUUGCCUUGCGUGAUACUAUACCUGCUUUACAGGGUCAAGACUCUAUAAGUGUAAUGAUCAUGUAUAAGAUCGCCAUCGUCCUAUCUGUACAUUCCACCAACACGCUGGGCGUUUCUGACUUCUUCCAACCGAGCCGCGCUCCAAGGGGUUGCGAAACAUCCCCACUCAGGACUCAGGCAGACGCCGCACCAUGGCUCCAUUCUCUCCCCUCCCACCGUGUUAUCCUUCCCAUGUAUCGCGUCCGAAUCAGUCCUUUGAGCCACCUAGCCGCCCCUUCGCCCAUAUCUUUGGGCAAACUGUACCUGCUCCAGCCGGGAAACGGAGACGUGUUGCACCCUCUUCACCCUUGAUCCUAUCUCAUCCCUGUGCGCCAGAGUCGAAAGGUUGGAUGGUCGGUCUAGCGUUGAUCUGUACGCUGGUCGUAGUGUGGCUGGUCAGUCUACCCAAUGGAGAAGGAUUCGAGAGGUCCUUGGAGGCACACGAGUCGGAGCGGAACGGUGUGAUAUCCGGGCCCAGGAGGCUCUUGGAUGAGUUAUUGAAUCCUGAUGACGGUUACGAUGGUCACCAUGCGAUGAUCGCCACGCUCGAGAAAGACAAGAGCGAUGGAUUCCUUCCGCUCGAGGGGGAUGCCCUGAACUACACCUCGAAUGAAGCGCAGGACAAACGUAAAAUCACGAUAGGUAACGGGCCGGAAUUUCAACCUCUUCCAUUCGGCAUGAUCCUCAUGCCCUCGGAACCAACCGAUGGAUCGGCGGUGUUCGAGCCCGACACCAUGAACGGUGGCCCCGCUGAGUUGGAAGACGCAGAUGCCCCAAAAGCUCAGGGUCUAGAACACCGAUGGCUAGAAUUGGACCUUCCGACCAACGAUUCGCCAUGGAUGACGGAGCGACCCAUGGACGUCGAGGAGACAGAUGACAGCCCAAGUUCGGACUCAGAAACUGGCCCGACGGUGAAUGACACUCAAGGGUCUAGCUACCCGUCCCUCACCGAAAGUAGUACCGCGGUCCCCAUCGACAAGGGAUCCUCGGAACCCACAGGCACGAUGGAGACCCUAGACCCGGUAGUUGUCCUUGCACUGCCCGGAUCUCUGAGACGGCGCAGCUCACCUCAUGCUGGACGCAGUCGAAGACGCACCGGCGGAAACAAGCGAAGGGCCGCCAAGUCAAGCCAAGCUGAGACAUGAUAUUGUGCACAGGAUGAAUGCCAGAGACCCAAAAAUGUAGCAUGCAAGACCAAUGAUUAUGU